AUGGAUGCUUUGGUGCCAAAUACUGGUGGAUCUAAUGCAUUUGUGGGAAAGAUAAUUCAAGUUGCUUUGGGACUUUUUGUAACAACAUCUAAUUUACAACAUUAUAAUAAUGAAAUGAUGACAAAUGAUCCAUCUACUUUUAAUUGCUCAUUUGAUAAUGGUUGUAGAUGGUCUUCAACAGGAACAGGAAUUGAUAUAUGGAAAAUAGCUAAAGGAGAACCGGAACCAUUAUUAUGGUUUGCUGCUACAGGGACUAUGCAAUUACCAAGGGAACCUUUUUCAUUAAUUGAGAUGCGUGGAAAUGUACCGGAUGCAUUAACAUCAGACCUUAUACCAUGUCAAUCGGAUAUAGGAAUGAUAACAUUUAUUUAUUGGUUAAUUGGAGGAGCAAAUUUUGAAAUAUGUUUAUUAAGACAAAAUAAUGAAAAAUUUAAUUGUACAGGUUUCCUUCAAGUUCCAAGUAUGCCAGGAAAAUUAGCAUUAAAUAUUCCUCCUAUAUCAUUUCCAUUUAAAAUAUCAAUUAUACCAAAUGAUAAACAAGGAUUAAUAGUUAUAGAUGAUAUUACAUAUACAUCACAAGGAUGUAAAUAUAUACCAAAAAAAUUUAAAGGGAUAAAGUCUAAUUUUUUACCAACACCUGAACCAAUAUCAUACUUUUCUGAAACUACAUCCAAAAGUGCAAGUGAAAUAAAAUUACCAUGGACAUUACCAAGUAUUGAAACUACAUCAACAACAAUUAUUUCAACUAUUUCAUUACCAAUACAGGCAAGAAAACCAAUUCAUCAAUUACCAUUAUCAUUAAGAACUAAUGCAGCUAAAAAUAUACGUAUUUCUGAGAGACCAAUACUUCCAAAAUCAAAUAAUCUUGUACCAUUUGUUAAUUCAAGAAAUUCAAAAAAUUUAAUUAAAAUUGAACAAUCAACAGAUAGUAAAGAGGAAGAAUUUGAUUUAUUAGUAAUAGGAAAUAAAACAAAACCAUUAUUUGAUAAAAGAAAAGGUAAAAUUAUAAAUGAUACCUCAGAUUUAUUAUGUGAUUUUGGUGGUGAUUUUCCAUGUUUAUGGGGACCUGAAGCAGGAAGAUGGGCUAUUAUAGAUAAAGGUGCUAUACCAUCUUUUGAGGAAUCAAAACCUAAAGAACUUCCAUCAUAUCCAGCAGGAAUAGUUAUUCAGGGAACAUCUAUGUUUACUAGUGAUCCAUUACCAUGUCAAAUUGGAUCUGGAAAAUUAUUAUUAAGAUAUUGGAGUAAUGGAAAUGUUAAAUUACAAGUAUGUGCAUUGGGUUAUAAUGAAGAUAGUACAACAAUUCAAUGUUCUGAACCAUUAAUUGAUGAAACAAAAAAAAAUGACGAUUCUUCACUUGUUAUAUUUGAAUUUAAUGAUGACAUGAUGGAACCAUUUACAUUAAAUUUAAUUCCUGAAUGGGAAAAGAAUUCAAAAAAUGAGUAUUUAAUUAUUGAUGAGUUAGCAUAUGUUGGAGGAUGUGAUAAUGAUGUUAAAGAGAAUCUUCUUAAUAAACAAAUUAAUGAAAAAACUACUCCAAUAACAACAACAUCAAUGACAACAACAACAAUGACAAUUCCUACAACAACAAUUCCAAUAAUUCCAACAACAAUGAUUACUGAAAGAGGUAUUCAUUAUUGUGAUAUCUUAAAUUGUAAUUUUAAUGAAGAUGCUUGUCAAUAUUUAAAUCAUGGUUUAACUAAAGUUCCUUGGACAUUAAGAAGUAAAGGAUAUGGUUAUCCAUUAACAAAACUUACUGAUAUUCGUCCAUAUCCAGGACAACAAUCAUUUAUUAGCACAUUACUUUCACCAGGAGAUUUUGCUAUUCUUGAAUCUCCAAGAAUUGAUUUAAAUCAAAAUAAUGUUAUCUACUUCCAAUAUUAUAGGCCAUCUUAUUCAUCAACAAUACGUUUAUGUAUUAUUGAUAAUGAAGUGAAACCAUUUAGAACAACAAAUGCAUUUAUUCAAUGUCCACCAAUAUUAAGAACAUUAACACCUAAACAAGCAUAUUCUUGGCAAAAUUUACAUAUUGAAUUACCUCCUGGAACAGUAAAAUUUUAUUUGGUAGCACAUAAUAUGGAAACAUCUGUUGAAAAAACUGCCAUAGCUGUGGACAAUUUUAAAGUAGCUGUAUGUGAAAAUAAACAAUCAGAUUUUUAUUCAGGAAUGUCCAGAGAAGCUAAAAAUAGUGAGUAA